CAUAUCGCGCCUGCUCAUAUAUGGUGGGCCGCAUUACGUGAUCACGUUUAGGUGUAAUUCGUUAUAAAUAAGUCAUGUCGCGUUUCAAAGGAAUUUUGUUUUCCUUUCUCAUGUUGUAUAGCAGCACUUUUGGUGCAAUUUUUUUCCUAACUCCUCUCAUCCCUUUGGUUUUCUUUCAACCAAAAGUGGGACGACAAAUGAUGGAUCAAAUGAUCUGGAUCUGGCAAAUUUAUGCUGUGUUUUUGAUUGAGAAACUGUGUGGGGUAAAGGUCGUGAUCACAGGAGAACCAGUGGGUUGUGACGAUAGCACCAUCAUCCUGAUGAACCACAGGACGCGCUUUGAUUGGCUAUUUAUCUUUUGUUAUAUCCUGAGACAUGGGCCUCUACGUAGAUUUAAGAUCAGCAUGAAAGACAUUCUAAAAUAUGUACCAGGGCCUGGUUGGGCAAUGCAGUGUGCUGGUUACCUCUUUCUGCAGAGAAAAUGGGAGGCUGAUAAAAAGAUUAUUUUGAGAUGCCUUACUUACUUUAGAAAGCUGGGAUACAAGCCUCAGAUUCUGUUUUUCCCAGAGGGAACAGAUUUAACUGCCAACACAAAAGCUCGGAGUAACAGGUUUGCAGAAAAGAAUAACUUGGAGCCCUAUGAAUAUGUGCUUCAUCCUAGAACUGCUGGUUUCUCAUUUCUGGUGGAAAAAAUGAGAGAAGUGAUCACUCUGGAUUCCAUUCUGGAUGUCACCUUAGGAUACCCAGAAAACAUUCCUCAGAAUGAAAUGGACAUUCUGGAAGGGAAGUUCCCUCGACAAGUUCACUUUCAUGUUCAGGCACACAAGGAGGCUGAGUUACCCAGAGACAGGGAGGGGGUAGAGAGGUGGUGUCAAGAAUGCUGGCAAAGGAAGGAAAAAAAACUGGAGGAAUAUUAUACGAAAACCAAAGUGUUCAGCAAUAAGCCAAUCCAAACCUGCGUUAGGGAUGAGCAAGAGGUGGAACACUUGUUCAAGUUUGCCUGUUUGUUCUGGACGGUGUUUGAGAUUUGUGUUAUAGUGUUUUUGAUUUAUGCUCCUGUUCUCAGAUGGUUUUCUUUGUUCUCUAUAAUCACAUAUUUGUUGAUUAGUAAAUAUGGUGGAAUCGAUGCUUUAUUAGACAGCGAGGCAUCAGAUUUGUCUAAAUGAGAAUCUGAUGUUCAAUCAAUAUACAUGUUUUGUAUAGGAUUUUUUAACUUUUGGAUGAAUGUGACACAUGUUUUUGUUUAAGU